AUGUCUUCGCAGAAUGUUGAAAAUCCGGAAGUUAUUAUGAAAGAAGAAAUAAAUCGUGUUAUGGAAGAUGUUGAUACUACUGUACACGAAUUUGACCCUGACGCUCCUCCUGAAGUAAAGGCUAAACAAGUUCAAGAGAGUAGCGGUGUUGAUCCUGCUGCUGCUUCUAGUAGUAAAACUACAGGAGUUAUUGAGGGUGAUACUACUAGUGCGAACCUUCCUGGAGCUUUACCUCAUUUAGCAGUAGAGUCUGCUUCUGAAAUUCCAGAAUGGGCACGUAUCGGUUGGAAAAAUAUUGUGGAACUUGAUUCAAAGGCCCCAGAAAAAGUAUUUUAUGAUGAAAUAUUAGGAGAAAUGUAUUUUGGUCAGCUUUGGUUAAAUGCAGCUGUUGUUUUUGUCGCAGUAUUUUCCACUUAUUUUGUCACAUUAUUUGGUGGUGGGCUUGGUUGGGUUCUUAUAAUUUGUGCUUUUGUUGCUACAUAUUUCAGAAACUCGGUUCGAAGAUUUCAUCGUAACGCACGUAGUGAUAUUGCACGUGAACUUGCAAAAGAAAAAUUGGAAACUGAUUCAGAAACAACCGAGUGGAUAAAUGAAUUUUUACAUCGCUUUUGGAUGAUAUAUGAACCAGUAUUAUCAGCAACAAUUGUACAAAUCGCUGACGGUAUAUUAUUAUCAUCGACACCUUCAUUUUUAGAUUCUAUUCGCUUGACAACUUUUACUUUAGGAUCAAAGGCUCCUAUUAUAGAAUCUGUUAAAUCUUAUCCAAAUGCUGAAGAUGAUAUUGUGAUCAUGGAUUGGAGAGUUUCAUUUGUUCCAAACGAUAUUGCCAAUAUGACUAGAGCUCAAUUAAUCAAAAAAGUUAAUCCAAAGAUUAUCCUCACUAUUCGCGUUGGAAGAGGAAUGGUAGGAGCUGGGCUUCCAGUCUUAUUGGAAGAUAUAUCUUUCUCCGGACUUAUGAGAAUCAAAUUGAAGUUGAUGAAUACAUUCCCUCAUGUAAAAACUAUUGGUUUGAGCUUCUUGGAAGAACCAAAAAUUGAUUAUGUUUUAAAACCAAUUGGUGGCGAAACUUUUGGAUUUGAUAUUGCCAAUAUUCCUGGUUUAUCUGACUUCAUUCGUAAUCAAAUUCAUGCUAAUUUACGCCCAAUGAUGUACGAUCCAAAUGUGUUUGUUUUAGAUGCUGAGUCUUUGGUUGGUGGUUACCCAAUAGAAACUGCUAUUGGUGUUCUUGAACUUAAGAUUAUAUCUGCAAAGAAACUUAGAAAUGUAGAAAGAUUCGGCACUUCUGACCCAUAUGUGAAAUUGACGAUACUUGGUCAAGCUGAAUUGGGUCGUACUAAAGUGAUUGAUGAUUCAUUAGAUCCGGUUUGGGACGAAACUCAUUAUUUAGUACUGAAAACAUUAAGCGAAGUCUUGAAAUUUGAAAUAUAUGAUGCUAAUGAAUUCACCGCAGACAAACUUUUAGGAAUCGCUACAUUUUCUUUAAAUAGCUUAAUUGAUAAUCCGGAACAAAAUCAAGUUACUGCACAAGUUUUAUUUGAGGGUAAACAAUAUGGAGAGAUUUUGUUCAAUGUUAGAUGGUAUCCUGUGGCAGUGGCAAAAGAAGGAGAACCUGUUCCUGAUUCUAAAGUAUUUGCAGGAAGCUGA